AUUUUCUAUUUCCAAAACCCAGCUUGUGUUGUCUCUAGAGAGUGUCAUUUGUACCGUAAUCUUGGCCUCGCAUAUUGCAGAAACCACAAAAUUGAGCCUAAACGAUGGCUUCGCAGAAUGGUGACGAGAGCCACCAACCGCCACCGCCACCGCAACCGCAUGGUCAAACGGUUACUGAAGCGGGAUGGUAUGUUCUAGGCGAGGAUCAACAACAGGUUGGUCCUUACGCCUUUUCAGAGUUGCGCGAGCAUUUUUUGAAUGGAUACCUCUCCGAAAAUACGUUUGUGUGGUCCGAAGGAAGGAGUGAGUGGCAGCCCUUGUCCUCAGUUUCUGACCUGUGGACUCAAAUUAACCAGCAAGGACCUGAUUCUUCAACUGCAGUGUCUGCUCAAGAUGUUGAUGAGUUUGAAAGAUGGCAAAAGGAGAUUCAGGAGGCAGAGGCACAGGUGGAAGGUUCGGAAUUUGGAAUUGUUUCUGGCGAUGUUGGCGGUAGUGUAGCAGGAGCAGAUUUUGAGAGACCUUCAACACCACCUGAGGGUGAAGAAGAAUUUACUGAUGAUGAUGGGACUGUAUAUAAGUGGGAUAGGAAUCUGAGGGCUUGGGUUCCCCAGGAGUAUCCAACUGGCAGCACCGAUCCUUACGGGGUUGAAGAGAUGACCUUCUUGCUAGAAGAGGAAGUUUUUCCAACAAUACCUGAUUCUGAUGCCUCUGAAAAGCUUGAAGAUAGUUCAAAAUUGUUUGUUUCUGCGCCUUCCUUAAAGGAAGAAGUAAAUGAAGAAAAAAAUACCGAUGUGGUAGCAGAUGGAAAAAGGAAGCUUUCAGAUAAACAAACUGACAAGAAGGAAGCUAAUAAAGCCCCUGAUAGUUGGUUUGAAUUAAAGGUCAAUACACAUGUUUAUGUCACUGGGUUGCCUGAGGAUGUUACUGUUGAUGAAAUUGUAGAGGUAUUUUCCAAAUGUGGAAUUAUAAAGGAGGACCCAGAAACCAAAAGGCCUCGUGUGAAGCUCUAUGUUGAUAAAGAGACAGGAAGGAUAAAGGGGGAUGCUCUGGUUACGUAUCUUAAGGAACCUUCAGUAGCUUUGGCACUUCAAAUUUUAGAUGGAACACCUCUUCGCCCUGGUGGCAAGAUUCCUAUGUCUGUCAGCCAGGCUAAAUUUGAGCAGAAAGGAGACAAGUUUGUAUCCAAGCAAGUAGACAAUAAAAAGAAAAAGAAGUUGAAAAGGGUGGAAGAAAAAAUGCUUGGAUGGGGUGGUCGUGAUGAUGCAAAAGUUUCAAUUCCAGCAACUGUUAUCCUUCGCCAUAUGUUCACUCCAGUUGAAAUGAGGGCUGAUGAAAAUUUGCGUUUAGAACUAGAAGAAGAUGUUAAAGAAGAGUGUACAAAGCUUGGUCCUGUAGAUUCAGUCAAGAUAUGUGAGAAUCACCCUCAGGGGGUUGUUUUGGUAAAAUUCAAGGAUAGGAGGGAUGCCCAGAAGUGCAUAGAAUUGAUGAAUGGAAGAUGGUUUGGUGGUAGACAGAUACAUGCCAGUGAAGAUGAUGGUUCAGUUAACCAUGCCUUAGUCCGGGAUCUGGAUGGAGAUGCCAUCCGGCUUGAGCAGUUUGGUGCUGAACUUGAAGGUGACUGAGUUAUUGAGAAUAACAUUGCACCAGAUUCACAGUUCCCAAGAAGUCUGGACCUAGGAAUAUUAAUUUCAUGAUGGCUGAAGCUUUUGGAUUUCUAGGUCAUCACUUUUCUCGGUUUUGCAAUGAUAUCUUAGUUUUCCUUAUGUAUUUGGGAAAAGCAAAAAAAGAAAAUACAGGAGAAAAGAAGUUAUUGAUUUGGCUAACUCGUCUUAUUUGGAAAUUUGUGUAAUAUACCCUGUGCAAGCAUUCAGUUAUUUCAGUUUACACAGAUUGUGACAUGUGACAAUGCAGUUAAAUUUGAAAUCAGAUUAAUUUAUUUAUCUUAA